UCCUGUCACACACGGAUGAAGGAGCAGUUAAAAGGGAUCCACCAGGCCCAGAUUGAAAGCUUGGAGGCUCAGGUCAUCUCUCUCAGAACGGAUCUGUCAGUGAGUCAGAAGGAGUGUGAGGAGGUGAAGGUUCGUCUUAGACACAAAGAGAAGCAGGUUGCAGAAGCAUUACCGGCUGAUGGAGCUCCCCGUGUGGCCGGGUUGUGUCUGCAGUGUGCGCAGCAUGAAGCAGUGUUGGCUGGAACUCAUGCAAACCUGCAUGUGCAGGCUAUUGACAGGCUCACAAAGGAACGGGAUGAAUUACUGGCAGCUCUAUGCGCAGUGCGGGUGAGUCAACAGGAGGCCCAACAGAGGGAGUGGUCAGCUUGUCUCCAGGUCAAACAGGCUGUGGAGAUGGCAGAAGAAGCUAAUCUACAAAAAGCUAGGGGCACACCUGUGAAGUGAAAACCAUUUGAGGUGACUACCUCUUGAAGCUCAUCAAC